AUGUUCUGGACAGAGGAACAUGAUGUCAUUUUAGUCAGAGAAAUGCUAGCGAACAGCCCCUUUGCUGGCACAAAACGUGGGACAGUUCAAAGAGGUCGGAAGUGGAACGAAAUCUCUGAGCGCCUUUUGCAAGCAGAAGCCCCCAAAUUUAAGGUUGACCAGAGAGGUGUUAGAGAAAGGUAUGGUCUACUUGCCAAAGCAUACAGGAGGAAAAUUAGAGGGGAGGAAAGAGCAAGUGGGAUUAGCACCCCAGAAUUGACAGAGGUAGAGCAAGCCCUGGAAGACCUCAUUGUGAGAGAAGAUGAGGCUGAUCGAGACCAACAGGAGACAGCAGCACAAAAGAGGAAGGUAAAGGAAGAUAAGAAAGAUGCUGAGGAAGUGAGAAAGAGGGCAAUGGAGAGGCUGGGAGACAGAAUGAAAAGAAGUGAGAUUGAAGGAAAGGGGAAGAAAAGAAGAUCAAGUGGAAACAACACCCUGGAGUAUCUAAAGGAGAGAAAUGAAAUGUUGGAUGAAUUUAAAAAGGAGCUGGAGCUGAAAAAGCAGGAGUUGCAGCAAGAAGCCAAGAAGAAUGAAGCUAUGAUGAAGUUGAUGAGCCAGCAGCUGGCACAGCAACAGAAGCAAACUGAUGGAUUCAGACCAUGA